AUGACUAAGAGGUCUAAGCAAAAAAACCGUGAUUGUAUCAAUAUACAUGAUGUAUAUGCGAACGCACUCAAGUUGACGAAACCGACCUCUUCAGAAGCGGAAACCGCAACAAAUGAGAAGGCAAAUGCAGUAAAAAAUGAAGAAGGGACCUCUGGACCCAAAGAUAAAAUUAAAUUGUACUUGUGGUACUUCAACCAAUGCGAUUCCAAGAGAUGCACAGGAAAGAAGCUGGUGAGAGCAGGACUGGUGAGCGAACUGGCGAUCGGGAAGAGGUUCACAGGGAUAGUUCUGAGUCCCCUGGCGAAAACGGUCUUUUCGAAGGAGGACACGGAGCUGGUAAGAACUAAGGGGUUGGCAGUGAUCGACUGCUCCUGGAACAAAAUAGGUGAAACGCCAAUACAGUCACUGCAGGCGAGAAACACGAGGCUGCUUCCGUUCCUGGUUGCGGCGAAUCCAACACACUUCGGAAGGCCCUAUGAGCUGUCGUGCGUGGAGGCACUCGCGUCGGCGCUGUACAUUGCAAACUUCAGAGAGGACUCGAGGAACAUUCUGUCGCAGUUCAAUUGGGGCGAGACUUUUAUAGAGGUUAACAGGGAGGCCCUCGAACUCUACUCGGAGAAGGGCCACACGAGUGAGGAUAUAAUGCAGCUGCAAGGCCAGUAUUUGGAACAGGCGAAGAGCAACUUGGAGGAUCGGAAGCUAAUGAUGGACUUGGACUACCAAAGCAUAUCCGAGAACAUAGACUAG